AUGAAUGGUAAACUAUUAAGAAUCACAAAUAUGAUUGUAUCAAGCGUUUGCGGUGCUGCUUUUGGUUUAGCAUGGUGGAUAAUGAUUGAUAUAUUAGCUUAUUAUCCGGAAACAUCUUCAUACAAACAAGGGGUUUUAUAUUUACCAAUAUUAUUAAGCACAAUAUCCCUUUUAAUAAAUGGUUGCAUACCGAAUUCUAGUUUGGUUGAAAAUUACACGGUCACGAGAUUAAUAUUCUGUCAUCGUUUGAUAUUUUUUUUAUCGCUCACAUUCGGAUUCGGUGGUUUACUUUCCGCCAUCAUAAUAUGUUCGUUAAAAGAUCCGAAUCCGCUUCCUAUAUACGCCGCUGUUGGUGUUCCAACAUUAAACGCUUUGAUAUUAGCUUCAAAUUUAGUUUUUAAAUUUGCUUUGGUCGAUGAAAACGACGACAUAUAUUAG